UUGUCUAAAAAAAAAAUAUGACAGUAGAGAAUUAUUGUGAAUUGGCAGUAAAUGGCUCGACUAGUGAAAUAAGCCUCAGGAAUUUUCUCAAUUUCUUCUUGCCAAAAUUGCAGUCGCCAGCUGAGACAGAGCUUGUGUACUGCUCUGGUCAAGUACUUUAAAUUCGGGGACUAUUAUUUUAUGUUUUUCUUUUUUGUUACAUUCAAUAUGUAUGCGUUAAACAAAACGCCUUUCGCAGCCAAAAAGCUAACCGGCAAGCGAACUGUUGAGCAACUGUUUGCCAAAAGCAAAUCGACGCUGCUAUCGUGGCGCAAUUUUUAUAACAUUCUGAAGGUGUCUCCGCUGGGUCAACGCGUGCUCCUGCCCAUCGACAAGCUGCCGGUGCUGCAGGGCUGUGAGUACCUAUGGAAACUGAGCCGUCACAAGCUGAGCACCGAGGAGCUGGCUACGUUGCAAGUGCUGGCCAGCAUUUUGUUCCUGCUGCCGGACGAGGUUCUUGUGGUGCGGAAUGCCCGCGAAACGCUGCUGCGCAAAUCAUUUAAGAUAUCCAGUGCCUCGCUGGAGCCGAUGCUGGUGCAUUACUUUAGCCAGAAUCUGCUGGAGUUCUACGAAAUGGGCGGGCAUAUUAGCUCAUUUAAGUUCCUUAUGACCAUAUCCCAGUUUAUAGCCAGCAAAUGCGCCAUGGGCAAGGCGGUGGCCGUGUGCCUCAUGUGGAGCAUUGUCUUCGAAAUCGCCGGAAGCAGCAUUAUAAUACACCAGCAUCGCGAUCUGGGUGAGCUGUGCAGCAUUCUGGAGCAGGUGCCACUGGAGAACACGCCAAUCGAUCGCUUUUGCAUUUUGCUGCAAACGGUGGGCGUCCUGCUACAUUUAAUGCUUUGUGGCAACUGGCUGCAGGAGUUCCUGUCCUAUGGAUAUCCGUUCUUCUACUUUCGACUUCUGCCAGCGGAUUGCCGCAAUCUGCAGGCAUGGCUUGACCAGGCUCUGCUGCUCUACAAAGUGCGCCUGCCGGAUGCCACGCAGCGCAUCCAGUGUGGGGCAAAGAAUCUGCUCGCUUCGCUGGAGUAUCUGGUUGCCAACUCGGCGGAAUGGUGCCUCGCUUGCCGCAGUGGCUCUGAUACGAAGAGCCAGGUGUGCGUUCUGGGCGACAUAGGUAAUAAUAAAUGA